AUGAAUCGAUUCCGCAAGAACAAGAAGGAGAAGGAGAAGGCCAAGGAAGCCUUGGAAGACUUGGGAAAUGGACCAACAACUACUGCAUCUCCCGUCUUCAGUCUGAAGUCCAAGAAGAAGGAGCCUGAGCCGCAACCAGAGCCCGAAUUCUCCAUCGAACUACCCUCCACAGACAACUUCCGAACCAGUUUACUCAUGCCGAAGCUAUCAGCUCGCUUCAGCAUGUUGAGAGAACAGGACGAUCCAGAAUCAAAGAUAGGGAAGGCGAGUGAUGAUAGUGUCCUGUUUCCUAAGCGCGCCUCCCGCUUGAACAUAUUCGGUCACAACCCUAGCAUGCUCGCUGAUAUUGACGAGGUCUCCUCCAAUGACGGUAGCCGACCUUCAAUGGUCUUGGGACGGACAGGAUCAUUCGCUUCUGGCAUUGACGGAGGAUAUGGUACCGAUGACGAUCGAUCACAAAAUGAGAGCAUAAUGAGCAGAGCGCGCCGAGCAGAGAGCAACAACUUAUUUGGAGGUCGCCAAAAGGUCUACCGUAUUCCAGUCCGGGCGCCAGGAGAUAGCCCGGCCCCCGAGAGCCCAUUGGGCUCGGGCAAGUUCGUGUACGACCAUGACUUGAACAUGUCUGCGUUCCAGCGUCUAAGGCUUAAGGAAAAGCAGGAGCGAGCUGCCGCCGAAGAGUCAGCUCGAGGGAGCCUUGUACAGGAGAACGAGGAUGCCAAUUCAACCAUCUCUGCAGAGCGAACUACCUUCUCUUCGACAGCAUCUGGGCCUGCAACGGAUGCGCGCUCCUCGACCGCGGCUACUUCAAUCGACGAAUCCCAAUUCAUUGCAUCGCAACCACAAGGUUCCACUCCUAUAGAAGCCCAUGUGGACCUCCGGUCAGCAUCUGCCAUGUCGACCCCAAAGACUGGUUCAAUCCGAUCCCGUCGACUAUACGGUCAAGGUCUGACUCAGGCUGCUCAGAACCAGCAGUCCUCAACUUUCCAUCGCUUGGAGAGCCUGAGCCGCCAGCGUUCGAGUACCCCCGAGCUUCAGCCUAUGAAUCGUGCCUUCUCCCGUAGUGCAACCAAUCUGCGGGAUCGGCUGCAGAAGCUCAACAUUACCGAGCAAGCUCCUUCGUCCCGGCCUACUAGUCCACCCUCAUCGGCUACCUCGCCCCAGCAGGCCACUAUUCCGGAGCCUUCGUCUAUGGAACGCAUCUCACCCACGGCCGCCGCUUUCGGGUCUGCCCCUCCCCUUAGCCCGCCCUCGAGCGAAAACGAGGAUGGCGCCUCCUUGUUGGCCGCAGCACUCAAUCCCGAAGACCACGGAAAGGCCACCGCCAUGGGUCUUUUCAAUCGACCCGCUACUGGCUUUGACGAGCAGGCAUUUGCUCGCCGGCCGCAGCACUUCCCCGUUGUGUCGUCCUUCUUCCCCCCUCGUCGCCCUCUGCCCGCGGAGCCUGUGGCCCGUCAGCGUGGAUUCUCCAAGUCCAGUCACCGUUCUCGAGCCGAGUCUGCUUCGUCCCAUUAUAGCAGUGAUGCCCACAACGGCAUUGAUUACUCCCGGGCAUCUAGUGUGGAAGCUUCGCCCGGACGGCCCGGUGUGACAACUUUUUAUGCCACUUCCACUGCUAGCGAAUCCGGGGACGAAGGCGUUGAUCGCGGAUCCUAUGAGCUGUCCUCUGCUACAUCUUUGGCAACCGAGUAUGGUCCCUCGCUCCAUCAAUCGUUCGCAUCCAAGCCACCGACCCCCACCAGCGACUAUCUUGAGACACUUCCCGAGGUGAGAUAUUCGGAUCUCGGCGACCUUAAGCCAAUCGAAGAAAACGUGGACGAGCCCCACCCGUCAGACAUGACUGACGAUCAUACCCCCGAGCGUCCCGACUCACCAAUACUUCAUGGCGUUGGAUUGAGUGGUAUUCGCUCUCAUCUGCGCAAUCCAAGCGACAAGUCCUCAAUUUACCCACCCCCAUCGCCUGGCCUUCCAGCACAAGACCCCAUUGCGAACAGGCUCGUCACGGAUGGGCCUAUCUUUGAGCAGUCGCACAGUGAUUCCAUUGCGUCGCAUUCCCGCGAGGAAGAUAGCCCCCGGUCAACUGAACAUCCGGAAGCAUCAAGCCGCGGCAGUGAGGAUUCGACUGAGUCCGCUGCUUUCCCCGAAAAAGGCCCCGAUUCGAAUAUCGCGUCAUGGAAAGAGGAGCUUUACCAGCACCACCGCCGUGAUGGGAGCACUGAGACUCAGAAAGAGCGCGAAGAGUUCGCCAUUGAGCUGGCCGAGCGACGCAGAAAGGUUCAAGAGAAGCUGCGCAGUGUUGCAGAAAGUGAGAGCCGAUCGAGCAGUCCUACCCCUGGACGAUCGACUCCGGAGUUCAAGGCAGGCAACGCCUUCUCUAUGCUGAAGUACAAAUCGAGCAAGCAGGAGCUUCCAAAGAACGGCCAAAUCUAUGGCUACGGUAAUUCAUCUACACCUGCUUUGCCAUCUGAUGAUCUUCGACGCGAGGAAGAACGCGCUGCAUUCAAUUUUGGCCGUCACGGUAACUCUAGUUCGCCUCAAGUAGUUGAGCGAUCCUUCAGAUCUCGGAUGCCGACCCUGAGCCGAACUGGCCGUGACGUAUCGCGCGAGUCAAGUAGCAGCCGCAAUGGAUCUCCCGCUCAGAGGGACCGUUCUGGUUCUGGCGGCUCUGGUCGUUCCAAGAGCCGAACCAGGUAUCGCGACCGUGAUGAUCUUGAGACUGUGGAAGAAGGCGCAGUCAUCGCACAUGACAACUUCGUCAUCCCUGAUAACUUCGAGCCUCCAAUUCCUGGUUCAGUUCCUGGUUCAGCCCGCCCUUCGAUCGAAGGUAACGAGCCUGGUUACUUUGACCGCGCUGCCUCGGCUUCCUCUGGCAGAUACCGCAGCACCAGUCGAUCUGGCACCCCGAGUUUCCAAUACGAACGUCCCUUCCAAUAUCAACAGUCCCAGCCGGCCUCCAUGAUCGGUGUCUCCCCGCGACCAUCUCCUGCGACCCCGGCGUACUCUGCCAAUGCCACUCCCCCACUCAACGAGGAUCAAUCACCCACAACUUCAGCGGGCAGCGGUAACAACCCACCUCAACGAGCUCCUGGGUACAACAUGCUGCAGAAGCGCCCCAUAAACAAGAAGCUCAUUUCUGAGCCGACCUUCGUGUCAUCCACAUCGAAUGUUCCUACAGUUGGUCUUCCUGGAGGGUCUGCUUCCACUGUCCCCCCAGUGCCCCCAAUGAACCCUCGCCGCCGCCGAGGAACUCAAACUUUCAUCAACGCUUUCAAACAUGACUCUUCGCGUGUCUCAUCCCCCGCUCCCAGCAUCUCCGACGAACACAGUGUGUUCGCCGACGAUGAAACUCGUCCGCGCUCAAGUUCCCGCUCCAGAAACCGCCUUCGCAAGACCUCAAGCGAAGGAGGCAGCAUGAAUGUGCGCGCCCGCCAGGAGGCAAUGGCAGAACCUGUCCCAGCCAUUCCAUCUUACCCUCCCCUGCCAUUCCCGCGGAUGGAGGCAUGUUCUAAGCAACCCACUCUUUGGUCCAUUUUCUUUUUCUUGUCCUUGUUUGGCAUCAAGCCACAUACCUUUGCACAUCUCACUACCUCUAGCCUUUUAUUGCGUCACAUUGCUCUUACACUUCUCACGACUAUAUACCACCUGGUGCAUUACUUGAGCGUCACUUGUCUUGUCUAG